AUGCCGUAUACACUUCCCUCAACCGCAGAUGCCACCUUGAUAAUUAAUCGACCGCGACCCCCCACUUGGGUAUUCCUCCCGCCUUCUGACGAACCAGAAUCAACCUCAGAUUCGGAUACUCUCCCUCCUUAUCCUCCCCCUCCUACUCGUCCACCACCCCGCACUCCACUUACACCACCGGCUCCAAUUCACGUUUCCCCUCCAACUACUUCGAAUUCCAAUCGUAACUCGUAUGAAUGUGGCUAUGACAGCACGUCCACAAUCAACCGCCAGCUCAAAUCAUCCAGCUGGUCAAGCGAAGAACCCUCUGAUAUUCCACCAUUCUGCAAAGCACUUUUCUUCGAUUCCUUACAGACAGAUUUUGAUUCUCUAGCGCCGCCAUCUCCUUCAAUUUCCCCUUCCGUGUCCUCACCCUCGACGAAACCAUCUACUCCCCAACCAUGGUUCCACCCUAUCUCGCACCGUCAAUUCUCUAAAACUUCUGUCCCUCGAACCAGAGAUCGGCCACCUUCCCUUCUCAUUCAAGCUAUCUCUGCUUCAGAAUCUUACCACAGUUCUCGUUCUUCUCCUGAUUUUAAUUCUCACCAGCAACUAGAAGAGGAAGACGUGAAUGAUUGGGUAAUAAUACCACCAGAUAUCUACUCACUUUCAUCAUCGCCAUCUCCACCAUCUCAUUCCGCUGCGCCAGUUUUGCAUAGGAAUGGAACAAUCAUAAGAGAAGAAUCCAGAGGUACUGAAGACAAAAUGAGUACAUUGGGAUAUUUAUUUAGCUUUUUGGUGUCAACGAAAGGGUAUAAUUCAACAGAAACCUUGAAACCUGCUCACCAAGAGGACAAGGACAAUGGUGGAGGGUGCACAGAAGACCUUAGUCUUUGA